UUGUCAUCCACUCUCUUCCUAAUUCCUCUCUCACUCUCUCUACAACAUUUUCUCUCUCUAAAAUCAUGGCAGCUACAACCACCACUAGUUGUGGCAGUUUUUUCAGUUUCCGGCCAAGUUCCGUUGAACCGAGAAUUCGGUCUUCCGCAGCCAGUACUACGUCUGGCUGCGGAAAAUUCGAUGGAAUGGCUAUGUGGUUGAUCAACGGUGUAUCCGCCGCGUUUUUCGCGUCGUUACAACGUUGCUCAUGUAUCCGCAUUGCUACUCAUGAGGAUGAAGGUGAAGAUGCUAAUGAUUUGCCUUUGAUGUAUAAUGAUGGCAAUUAUGGAAUUUCCAGCAGUAAUUCUUCAUGUAGCAGCAGAAGGCCAAUAUUGAUGACUAAAGGAAAGAAAAAUAAUGAAGCAUUUUAUUAAUUACCAUACAUUAUAAAAUUUGUUGUGUUUGGUAAUUAAUUAAGAAAAAAAAGAGCAGCUGGGAAAAAGUAUGUUGCUUGCUUUAUAUUAUUACUUCUACUAGAUAUAUAUGUUUGAAUAUGGAAUAUCAAUUUCAUGUUUUGUGAAUAUACUUGAAAGUUUUGAAAUUGUUACUUUCGAUUAUAAUUAAAAAUUAUGGUCCUUUUUGAA